UGGCACAAUGGGAGGGAGCUGUCUUCAGGUCUUCCUAAUCUCACUAUCUCAAACCUCAUCAAAGAGUCGGACUUCUUCUCACUGCUAGUGGUGAUCUUCAUGUCUUCAUCGAUAGACGCCACGUGAAAAAGGUAGCAUCUGGUCUGCCAGUAAACAACCAUCUGUGGGGAGCAGUGGAUGUGUAUGGCAACUGUACCAAGAUCAAAUCUGAGCUACUGAGUGUAUGGAGUUGAAGUACAGUUUGGUGUUUUGUAUAAGAAAACAGACCAUCAAUUAUGACAUUCUUUGCAUACUUAGUAAAUUUUGGAGUAGUUUAUGUUUCACCAGUUCACCCUUCAACACUGUGCCUUCAUCUUUGCUCCUACAUUUUAUGAUCAUUUCAGAUCCAACAGCAAUCUUGAGAGAAGCCAUGAAGGAUGGCUACAUUCCCCACAAAGACGACCUGUUCCUUAUUCACGGACCAGGAGGGGUGGGCAAGUCAAGUCUCAUUUCCAUGUUCCUCGGGAAACAGAGAGAUCUGGCUCGUGUCAGCACUGCAGUCGCGGAAGAGUCCCUCCACCUCUGUCCCGUCCGAGAUGUGUCAACCUCAACCUUAACUGAUCAGUGGGAGGUAGUGGACAUCGACCGUCAGGCGCGCAUGGUUGCCCACACCAGUCGACACCUUCUCACUAGUGAAGGUGUUCAGAGAAUAAAAAAAUACGAAUCAGCCGAAAAUGAGGGGCAAGUCGAAGCUUUCCUUGCUUCUCCACAAACACCACCAAAGAAAGGCGAGUUGGCAAAGAUGGCCUCCAAGCUCUUUGCUGGUCUGAGCAAAUUGGUGAAGAGAUCACACCAGGCUGAGCCCUUCCUGGCCACCACACUGGGAGAUGACCCCGACAAUAUUGAGGGUCUUUUUGCUCGUUUCGUCGAAGGUCUUCAGGACAUCAUCCGUGAUCCGCGUGAUUUGGCCGAUCUGCUUCUCUACUACUCCAUCCGCCUCCUUGACUCGGGAGGCCAGCCACAGUUCCACGAGGUCGUCUCCAUUGUCUUGCAAGCUGUCACGGGCAUCAUCUCAGUCUUCAAGCUCUCUGAGCCUCUUGCUGUUCACGGAGAGGUGGUGUUGUACAAGGAUGGGGUACAGGCCAACGAUCCUUACAAGUCGUACCUCACCAAUGAGCAAGUGAUCCGUCACGAUCUCCUUGCCAUCCAGUCGGAGGUUAGCCAGAAAGGGACGGAGGAAAUGCCCAAUCUCGCGUUUGUGGGCACAUUCCUUGAUCAGCAGGACGCCUGUCCUGAAGAAACUCCCGACCAGAAGGACGAGCGGCUGCACUCCAUGAUCACCGAGAUCCUCUCGAAGGACAUGCAACAAUGCGUCAUUAGCAGUGGGUCUCUGCGACACGUUACAUUCAGGGUCAAUACUAGAACACCGACAGAAAAGGAUUACAAAACAGCGGGACAGCUGAAGGAUGCACUCAUGAGCCAGUCGCGAGUCAAGCCCAGAAACCUGCCUCUCAAGUGGUGUGGGUUCGAAGUAGCUCUUCGC